CCACGUUCUCCCGCGCCAUCUGGUGCCAGCCUUUGGGGAGGGGCCUUCCCUCCGGCGCGGGGAUCCGGAGGACAAGGAGCCAAGCCCCACCUGCCGUCCUGGUCACCACUGUUUUGCAGCCGAGCGAUUGGACGCCCAGGGCUGAAGCGGAAAGUACCUGGUGUGUAAAAGGAAGCUGGAGAGCAAGAAGGAAGCACUACUGAUCCUGUCCAAGGAGCUGGACACAUGCCAGCAGGAGAGGGACCAGUACAAGCUCAUGGCCAACCAGCUCCGAGAGCGCCACCAGUCCCUAAAGAAGAAACACCGAGAGCUGAUCGAUGGAGAUCCAUCAAUUCCCCCUGAAAAGAGGAAACAGGCUAAUCUUGCACAACUAUUGAGAGAUUGUCAGGACCGAAAUAAACAUCUGGGAGAAGAAAUUAAAGAACUUCAGCAAAGGCUCGGAGAAGUCCAGGGCGACAAUAAGCUCUUGAGGAUGACAAUUGCCAAACAGAGGCUCGGAGACGAAGAAAUCGGCGUGCGGCACUUUGCAGCCCAUGAGCGUGAAGACUUGGUUCAGCAGCUGGAGAGAGCUAAGGAGCAGAUUGAGUCUCUAGAGCACGACCUGCAGGCCUCUGUGGAUGAGCUUCAGGAUGUCAAAGAAGAGCGGUCUUCCUACCAGGACAAGGUGGAGAGGCUCAACCAGGAGCUAAACCACAUCCUGGGCGGGCAUGAGAACCGCAUCAUUGACGUGGACGCCCUGUGUAUGGAGAACAGGUAUCUUCAAGAGAGAUUAAAGCAACUUCACGAAGAGGUCAACCUCUUGAAAUCUAAUAUUGCCAAAUACAAGAAUGCUCUGGAGAGACGGAAAAACUCAAAAGGCCAGGGCAAAUCCAGCAGCAGUGCUCUGACUGGAGUCUUGUCUGCAAAGCAAGUUCAGGAUCUGUUAUCUGAGGAUCACGGAUGCAGUCUCCCAGCUACUCCACAGUCCAUUUCUGAUCUGAAAUCUCUGGCGACAGCCCUGUUGGAGACGAUCCAUGAAAAAAACAUGGUUAUCCAGCACCAGAGGCAGACCAACAAAAUCCUAGGGAAUCGAGUGGCUGAACUAGAGAAAAAAUUAAGGACUCUGGAAGUUUCUGGUUUGUGGAGUCUUCCGGGCCUGAGCUACAAUGUUUCAGUAGGAUUCGGGAGGGGCAAGGACACCAUCCUCUUCAGCGACCCCACUCUUCCCACCGUGCAGAGGUCAAGAUCCCCACUGCUGAAGUUUGUUGAGCAGCCCGCUGAGAACAAAGCAAAUCCCAAGGAUGGGGAGAUUCAGAAGCAAGAACGAGAUGAAAGUUGUGCCACUGCUGAGGCGUUGACAGCGCUGGAGGAUGCUGGGAGGCCCGCUGUCAACUCCCCAGCAAAUCCGAGCCACGGGAACCAACGCAAGCACUUUCAUCCUUCAUUAUCCCAGUUACCUUCUGAGGAGGAAGUAAACAGGCUUGGAAGGGAGAUAAUGAAACUGACAGAGGAGCAGGCAGCUGCAGAACCAGAAGGGGUCAAAAGGGGGAGUCCCAUGGAGGGUCAGAGGGAGGAGAUGAGGCCAUCCCCACUGGGUCUGGCCUCCAAGGGAGAGUGCCUCAAGUCCUGCCAGGACUCCUUUGAGUCCAGCCAGCCAGCGGCCAAAGCAUCCACACUGGAAGACGGCAAGGAAACCCCAGAGGGUGGAGGCACAGGGAGUGUGGUGAAAACAUGAUGGGGAGAGGGAUCGGGCAUGACACCACGUCGAAGGCACCAGGGACGGUAAAGAAUUAAGCAUCAGAGCAGCUCGCUGGAGCGGCUUUCUCCUAAAACACCUCCAAGUCUGCAAGUGAGAAAAGACACAGAUCUUGUUGCAAACUGUGAAUAUUCUGAUGACGCCAGCACAGUUCGAUUUAUUAAAUGCGGGUCCUCAAGCUUCUCAGUGUCAUCUCCUUCUGCCGAAGAUGCACUGCUGUGAACGUGGCCAGGCACAGGAUCGUGCCCGCCAUAUGGCUGGGUUUUGGCAUCCGUCUUUCUGUCAGCAUUUAUUUUAUUAGAGAUAAGAUGUUUUUCUAUUAGCGUUUAAUGUUGUCGAUCAAAAUUAUGGGAAAAGCUUGAAAUGGAUGGGGGUUUUAAUCAAGUCUCCAUCUUUGUAAUGGUUAGGUGGCCGGAGAGAAAGGUAUAAUUGAGCAUAAUGGGUCCAGAGGACCCUUGGCUCCACUUCAUCAUGUUGGGGGCCGUAGGACCUCCCAGGGUGGGUGGUGUUGGCAUCUUGCCAGCGGCACUGUCUGUCAUGGCACCACCUGGCAGGUGGAAAGGAGGUUGAGCAGUCUCAGAAGAUUGGACUUCCAGUUUGAAAUCCACAGCCCCUGUUGAGACCUGUUUGCUGACUGCUAGAGCCAAGUUUUCUAGCCUGUAAUUCUGGAAGAUAAUUGACCUGAAGUGAUAGAAGGAAGGGGACUCCAAUCCUGUUUGGAAUUUUCGUUUCUGAGAUGAGAUGAGUGCUAGAACCUGGGUAUGCUGGUGCUCCCUCUUCCACCUGUGGUGCAUGUAGGACUUUAUGACCAUGUGGGGUUUGGGCAAGAUAGAGCUUCUUAGGGCCAAUCCAGCUUCCUGUACCACCUUUCACACCUCCAACAGAAUGUUGAGGCUGCCUCCUCUGUGCCUCCAGGUACUGGGAUUUUAAAGACACGACACAGAGCUCAUGGCCCUACAGUGGAACGAGAGAGGGAAACAAAAUAACUUCAUUGCAGCCUGGAAAGGGGACUAUGGAACCAAGUACAAGCGCCAAGGGUGGGAAAAGGGGGAGUGGGCAACCUUACCUGGUUCUUUCCUUGGCGAUAACAAUUGCUUUCCUAGGCAGCAUCUCGUGCUGCAGGAAACUGAAGGCUCACCCAAUGCUAGACCUUUCUUUGAGCUGAGCUCAGUUCAUUUCCCCAGGAGGGCCUGAUACCAGAUCCCAAAGCUCAAAGCACCCUGAGAACCAGAAUCCCUUCUUUGAGAGACUCUCCUGCAGGAGAAACAGAAGCUCCUGAGGUGGGAGAGGUUGAAAAUUCAUCCUAAAAAUCGAAUGUUUAUACCCAGGCUUGUGAUCCCCGGCGUGAAACCUGCACAUGGGUGGCCAGCCCACUCUGAUGCUUUGCUGCCACAUUUCGUCUCCUGGCAUCACUCUGCUAGCGGAGUGGAAGCUCUGUCAGAUUUUUGUGCGGUCUCACCCUGAAGGAGGGCAAAGUGCAGACAAGAAGGUCCAGUCCUUUGCCAGAUGCACACUGGGUGGACCUCCGGCUGCUUUCCUCCCACUCGCCUGAGGUCACCCCUGCAGUAGGAUGGAGGCAAGCCCGAGUCAGGGCACCGUCGCCCCUGGUGAGCUGAACACAUCAUCCACCGCUGCCCUCCAGGCUCCAGUGCCCCAUUCACCCCUCUGCGCUCCAGCCUCUCCCUUCUCCCCACACCCGCCCCCUCGACUUCCCCUUUAGGGAGGUUGCUUCUGCAGCUGCAAAGCUUGCACAGGCCAGCAGCCACAGAAAUAAUUUGCCUGCCACACUAGGCCUUAACUGUCUGCAAAUGUUCAGCACUCCUGCAUAGGAAAAUACAGCCAGAUUUAAUACAAUCAUAAGAAAAAGAAAAAUCUCUCCCCGCAGAAGCUCUGGUUUUGACACGCAGUCGGCCAGGUGCACAUCUUUAGGGCUCAUUCAUCACCUUCUGGAAAGCAGGGCUUAUAAUAAACUCCGACACAUCCCAUCGUGGGCAAGAAAGCUGCCAUGAGUCCCAGAGUCUGGGGUUCGGGGCGGGGAGGUCAUAGGGAGCGAUACCUAAACUCCGUGUGCAGUCAGCCUGGGAGGGUUCUGUGUUAUUCGAUGGGAUUGGAGGCAGUGAGUUGAUCCUGUCACAUGUGUAAUCUUGACAAUGCCCCAUACACACGUGUGCCACUGUCCCACCUCUGCUGUCCCGGCCCAACGUGGUUCUUCUGUUCCACAGAUAUUAAAGAGAGUUUCAUCAAUUACUUGGGGUUGUCUUUUUAAGAGUCAUUGUCAAGUGCAGCAUUCUCUCCCCUCCUCCACCAGAUGACCCUGCAUCAGUCAGCAUACUCAGCUCCAAUUCACACUUUCAGAAACUUAAACAAUAGGGAAAUGAAUUCUAUUGCAUAACAUUAACUUGAGAAGUAGGGCAUUCCAGGACUGGUUCAUUCAAGAAAGUUAUUAAGGAUCUGAGUUUCUGUCUUUCUGCUCUGCCUACCUUGGUAUCAGCUCCUCCCUCAUGCUAACAAGAUAGCUGCAACAGCUCCAGGCAUCACGUGUUCUCACAUCUGUCCAAAGGCAGAAGGAAGUUUCUCCAUGUGUAUGUAUGUGCAUGUACGUGUGUGUGUGUGUUUUAAGAGCAAGAAACCCAGUUCUCGUCAUAUUUCAUUGGCCAGAAUUAUCACAUGUCUAUGUGACAUGUCACACGCCUAUGUCUAAACAUCCCUAGCAGGGGAGAUGGAAUUACUGUGAUGGAUUUAGGGUCAUCAAGAUCACCCUCUGAAUUGGGGAGGAGCCCCAUCCCUGGACAUGCAGACUCUAAAAGGAUGAACACCAAAACAAAGUCAGGUCUUGAGAAGUGUAGGAGAGUUGGGAAGAGAUUUGAGUAGGCCACCAACAGCAUUGUCUUUUUGGUUUUGUUUAUUUUUCCCUUAAAAAGCCAAUAGUACAUUACUGGUGAGUUUAGAGUUGGGGGGAGGGGCGGAGGUGGUUGUUUGUUAAGAAAAAUGCCAUCUCAUGUCUCCCCUUCCCUGGCUUCUUUAUCACCUGUUCUAUUUUGUCACUGGAAUGUUCCCACCUUUGUUUACCUCUUCAACUGUGUCUGUCCUUCCAUUAUUUUUCCAGCUCGGCUGCCAGCAGAAUGGAGAACAGUCUGGAUAAAUGAAACAGAGCUGACAGGUCUCCUAAUGAAAGCUUGUUUGCACUCACUGCAUUUCUUGUGAUUGCUCUGUACCUGAGAGCCUUUAGGUGUGGAUUUUUACAUCUGAGUGUUUGUCGUUCUUUUAAUUAAGGCCGGGGGAAAUGGAUUGGUUUUUGUAAACCAGGUAUUUCUCAUCCUUAACUCCUCCUCUUUCCAUGCCUCCUCUGCCCGCCUUCCUCUCCCCUCCUCCUUUCUUCGCCCGGCCCGGAAGCCUCUGGAGCUAGGAGGCUCUGCUGGCAGUCAGCUCAAUUCCCGCUGGAACUCCUUCCAGUGGGCAAUCUUAAGGAAGCAAAAUUUGUUUUCCAUCUCUGUUCCUCUUCCGUGCCCUCACUCUCAGACACACCUAUCAAGAUGUGAAGUUCCGAAAAAGCGUUCUGGCGUGAGUCAUUCACAGUUGGAGUGAAUUUUGGGGUGUGUUAUUCCUACUGGAGCAUUUGCAUCCCAAUUCACCAUGGGACGUGAAAGGUUCAAUCUCUUCUUUAAGAAAUUUCGAAGACCAGCUCCUUGCUCAGUGGGGUCACCUUCCUGUCUCUUUGACAUUGCAGCAUGGCUUUGGCCCUCUUGGUUUUCUGCUUCUCCAAAAAGUGGGGCUGUCUCCUGGCUCUGUCAUUUUCCUGCAGCCUGUGGAUGGCUUGGUCCCCUACUUCUCUUUGAAAAAGUUCUUCAUUUCAGCACCUUCUCCCUCUGCCGUCUGCUUUCAUUCUGGAAGCCUCCACUUGGAACAAUCUUUCUCCUUAGUAAUACUGAGGGUACCUUCACGUGACUCAGUUAGGGAUAUCAAAAAGCCAGAGGAGUCCCCUCAACUUACUACUUUAACAUAUUCCCUUUUUCCAGAUGUCUUUCUGAACAGAGAAAAAUUUGAAGAUUAGAGAGCUUAGCGGUGAAUCUAAUUAGAAAUGAGAAGCAGAAAAAACAAGAAGGACCUGUCUCUUGAUAUUAUGAUUGCUCACGAAAACAAAACAAAACAAGUUGAUACAGCAUGAAGGCAAUUUAAAAUGAUAGAUAAGAUGUGUUGCCUUACAUUUCAUACCACCUCUUUACUAAAUGAGAACCAUUUUUGGAUGCUUAAGGAAAGUUUGCAUCAUACUGACAAGUUUGACUUUCUGGAAUCUAUGUGAGCCCUGGAAUAUAUUUUGGGAUCUUAGCUGAGGCCAGUGAUAGCCUAUUAAAUUGAAAACAAUUGGCUUAAAAAAACCCAGCAAACCAGCUGCGAUUUUGUAGUUUAAAGAAAGAAGUAACUUCUGUUCAUUUGUAGAUCUUGCUUUAUCGGAUUCUAUGAUCACUGCAUAUCAUAACUAUAUCUUUUUGUUACCUGAAAUAAAAAUGUGGUAAUUUUCUGGCUGUA